AUGAAGGUGACAGAAAAGUGCGACGUUUAUAGCUUUGGGGUGGUCAUACUAGAAGUACUAAUGGGUGGGCAUCCAUCUGAACUCAUCACAUUAAUCUCGCAAAUUCUUCUGCAAUCUUCAUCUGCGAGUAAUCUCGGGCAAAACACAAAAUUGAGAGACAUUUUGGAUCAGUGCAUUGGAACACCACCAGAUGUUGUUCAGAAGGAAAUAAUGUGUAUUGUGAAAGUCGGAUUUUCAUGUUUACGUGGUGAUCCACUUACUCGUCCAACUAUGGAAGAAAUAUCAGCACAGCUAUCAUCAUCAACUCAAAGCAUUACAUCUUUGCCGAAGUCCUUUGAAACUAUUACUUUAACAAACCUACUCACAAAGAAUUCUUCUUCUUGUAAUAUUCGUAUUACAUUUAUUAACCCUAUAUCUUCUUCUAGUUUCAAAGAUGAUGAGUCUCGCAAGAGAAAGCCUUCAUAUAACAAAGCAGAUACUGAGAGCGAGAUUGAUGGCGAGAAGAAGAAAAAGGUUAAGAGAGUUCUCAAAUCCCUCACGAUCAAUACUUCCAUUGUCAUGACGGAAUUCAACUAUAAGGAGAAACAUACUGAGGUCUCUCCUAAUGUUAAUAUUAAUGCCCCCUCACAAUGCUUUGCUGCGUCAGCUUCUUUUAAUGUUUCCGCGUCCUCGAGGGAAAUAUCCGCUCCUACGGAAGCUGCUUUAGUUGAUCACUCGGUUGUUUCUUCUUCUAAGAAUGUUACCGCACCAAUCGUGGAUUCCACUAUUUCCACAUUUGUGAAUGACCGCGGGAGCUUACGGUUUCAUGACUCUCGCCGUCGCUUAGUCCAAGCUGAGGGGUUUUCUGAGUCUAGCAACACCAUCCAAGAGGUUCAUCGUCAAAAUGCUAAGUUGAAGGCUGCUCUUCAAGGUGAAUCUCUUACAUCCGAGAAUCUUCGCUCUAAGACUAUUCAAGAACUUAAAGAUGAAGAUUCUGAGAUACUUGAUCUCAAGUCAUUUGAAAGGAAAGUUCACGUAUUGACAGAAAUCCGACACCGAAACAUUGUGAAACUUUUUGGUUUUUGUUCUAAUAUAGAAAGGAGGAUUUCAUUUUUGGUUUAUGAGUUUGUAGAAAGGGAAGCUUGA